AUGUUUCCAAUACGACAGAAGUGUAUUUCUCACUGCUGUGAGUUCGAAGAGGAGUGUUCUGAGUGUCAGCGCUAUUCUGGGUGCUGGUUUCUUCCAUCAUGGGCUCCACCAACUCUAAGCCCAGACAUAGCUUCCAAGGUUGCCUUGGGUGUUGAUAUCCAGCUGUCAGUCAAGAGAAGCAUCAUCGUGCACCCCCGCAGAGACAUCCUAGUCUCCUGUGGGGAGGAUCGCCUCUGGAAGAUGGUGGGGCUCCCCAAAGGCAACGUGCUUCUCACGGGAUUCGGCCACACAGACUGGCUUUCCACCUGCUGCUUCCAUCCCAGUGGCAACAAGUUGGCUACUUCAAGUGGUGACACUACGGUUAAAUUAUGGGACCUGACCAAAGGCAACUGCAUUUUGACCUUUGAAGGGCACAACCAUGCAGUGUGGUCCUGCACGUGGCACUCCUGUGGUGAUUUUGUGGCUUCUUCCUCACUGGAUACAACUAGUAAAAUCUGGGAUGUCAACAGUGAAAGAUGCAGGUGCACAUUGUAUGGACACACAGAUUCCGUGAACAGCAUUGAGUUUUUUCCUUGCUCCAACACUCUUCUCACGGGUUCUGCAGAUAAGACCCUGUCUGUAUGGGAUGCAAGAACGGGUAAAUGCGAGCAGUCACUUUAUGGUCAUAUGCAUUCUAUCAAUGAUGCCACCUUCAGUCCUAGGGGUCACAUGAUAGCAUCCUGCGAUGCCUGUGGAGUUACAAAACUGUGGGACUUUCGGAAGCUCUUACCAAUCGUGUCCAUUGAUGUAGGUCCAAGUCCUGGUAAUGAGGUGAACUUUGAUUCAUCAGGUCGAGUUUUAGCUCAGGCGAGUGGCAAUGGGGUUAUCCAUUUGCUGGAUCUUAAAUCAGGGCAGAUUCACAAACUGAUGGGCCACGAGAGUGAGGCUCACACAGUCGUGUUUUCUCAGGAUGGAGAGAGUCUGUUUUCCGGAGGCUCUGACGGCACCGUUCUCACGUGGUCUUGACGGUCAGCAUAUCCCACUGCAGAGGGCAUUCCCUCUAAGGCUUGAAAAUGCCUCGUAUAGUCCCAAACCAGUAAAUAUCUGGUUAAACAUGCCAGCAGGUAACAUUUACAAUUAGCUUUAAAACAUACUUUGGACAUAUAUUUUA